AAUAUGAUAAGAUAUGCUAUUUUUGUAAUUCCGAAUAUAUUGAGAAUCGUACAUUAGCACGUUGGACUGAUAAUGGAGUUGAAUUGUUGCAAGAUCAAGUUGGAUAUUGGGGAUUUAGUGAUUAUCGUUAUUUAGAUCCUGCUGGUGAAUUUCUUGGUAUUGAUGAGAUUAAUAAACAUCAUAUUGAAGAUAUGAAUUAUAUUAAUCAAAUCAUCGAAGAAAAUAUCUUUUCUAAGCAAAUAUUAGAAAAUUCCAAAGAAUUAUUUCCUUGUUCUUAG